AUGCAUACCGAUGAUGCUGAACACUCGUCAUCGCCCGAAUCUAAUGAACAUUUAUUUAAUGACGACAUAUUGUUUGAACGUAUUGCCGUCAAUUUGAAAGGUUCUUAUCUUUCUGCUGGAACCGCCAAUAGAACGUUGCAUGCAUCAGAAACAUUAGAAGGCACAUCGUGCCACGUUUUAACCCCCCAGUACUUGGAAUAUGAAGCACAGCCACAGCAACAACAGCAUCAUAACAAUUCGACCUACGCCCACUCCAUAAGCGGCAUGCCGCAUGGUUUGGGUUUACUGACAACAGUGGCUUCUUUACCACCCAAAUACCGUAGCCGUUAUUUGAACAUUAAAACUAAAAGUGAAAUUCCUUUAGAUUUAUCCCGCAAACCAAUGUCACCACAACUUGUUAACGAUGUUCCAGUUGCGAGCAAUUUCACUGAGGUUUAUACCGAGCCUACUACGACGACAAAUACAUCGGUUAUUAGCACAACUACUACUGUGACCAUAUUAGAAACGAAAAAUCAUAUAAAGCCUAUAACGCCACCGUUAACGCCGAUUAAAAGAAACUUUUCAGAAAUCGAAUCGGUUGAAGUCUGUGCAGAUAAUCCUAAUAAAUCUACUAAAGUAGAGAUAAUCCCUGAAGAGUGUCCCCUUGAAAAUACACCCACAAAGCCUAUACGAUAUACCGAUAAGGCGCCAAGAACUGGAAAAUCUCAUACUUCGGCCGUUGCUAAUAAAUCGUCCGGGCGCCACAAGGCUAUACGCAAAUUGAAAUUCGAUGAGGAUACCAGUUCGCCUGUAUCAGGCACUAUUAUACGCCCUUUAGAGGAUAUUACGGAUGGUUUGGUGCAAUAUAGCAAUGGCGAUAUAGAUCCCAAAUACAAUAUCGUAGAAAUCACGGAAGAAACCAAAGCGGAAUUAGCUGCAAUCAAAAAUGUUAUCGGUGAUUAUAUAUGCAAGCUAUGCCGAUUAAAAUUUGAUGAUGCUUUCGGUUUAGCUCAACAUCGUUGCGCCUGCAUUGUCUUGUUAGAGUAUCGUUGUCCCGAAUGCGGUAAACAAUUCAAUUGUCCGGCUAAUUUAGCAUCGCAUCGUCGUUGGCAUAAACCACGGAAGGAGAAUGGACGCGCCAAUACUGUCAAUACUAUACAGCCGUUAAAUGCAAGAAAAGAAAAUCGUUUAGACAAAAAUAUGAAAAAAUCGAAUGCAUCUACAGUUACACAUGUCAAUUUCAAUUGUAUAGAUUGCGGAAAAAAAUUCAAACGACAAGCUUAUCUACGCAAGCAUCAAUUAACGCAUAAUAAAGAUGCCAUAAAAUCGGUUGAGAAUGUUGAGUUUUCCGAAAUCUCUGUUAGCGAUAACAUCAAACACGAAGAGCUAUUGUAUACGCCGGAAACGCAUCAUUCCUUCGAUCAAGAAGAUUCCAUAUCAAAUUGCAGCAGCUCAUCUAACUCGAAUGGUUAUGGUCGCUUGCAAAUAAUUGAGACCGGGCUAACGGAAGAGGAGAAUAUAGCGGCAGCAGCCUUAACAAAUUUAAGAAAUUGCGCUUCAGUUAUACAACACACGACACUGGCUCACUAA